ACUGAGGCUGUCGCGCAGUUUUUGUUUUUGCACAGUUACAAAGGCAAACGUGUACUCCUCCAACACACAUCAAACGAAAGUGUUACGCAGACGCUUCUUGUAAUUACCGCAGUCGCAGCCGCCGCAGCCGCAGCAGCAACAACAACACCUUAGCCACUUACCUUGACGUCAUUUUUUUUUCUGACGACAAAACGCCAAAACCAUAUUCAUUGUUGUUAUUGUUGUUGUUGGUGUUGCUGGUGUCGCUUGUUUUGGUGGCUGCCUGUGCUUGGCACGAAGCGAGCGGAACGUUUUUAAUCAAGUUUUGUUGUUGUUGCUUUGUAGUCGGUGGGUUUUUUUUUUAUUUAUACACAUAUAGUGCGUAAAAAACGUCUGGGGCAAGAGAGUGAGUGUAAAAAUUUGCAUUUAAUGCAGUGUGAACGCGUCGCUGCGCGUCUUUGCAUGAAUGAACGACAACAGCAACAACUAAUUACAAAAACAAACAACAAUUAACCGUGAAAAUUAGCAAAGAAGCGCGCAAAAUUUCACAAUGGUCUAUUACAUACCGAUAUUCGGACGUACUGAGCCGCCGGAUAAAACCAUAACGAAGGAGAAAAGCAUGGCCUGUCUGCAGGAUGAGUUUGGACAUCUAGGACUGGCCGCCACAGAUCUGCCCUUCAAGUCAGCGGACAUUGAUGCGACGGGGCCGCAGCUGCACACAAACUAUGGCGAGAUUACGGACAGCAGCGCGGAGAACACUUGCCAACAGCGCUGGCCACCACAUGCGGGUGGUGGUGGUGGCGGCUUGGCUGGCGCCUUUGGCAGUCCGGACAAGCCCAUUAACUGGAUGUACGGCUUGCUGGGCUGCAUGAAGCCCGUGCUGUCGUUCAUUGGCAAGGCGGGCGUCAUUGAGGUGAAGAGUCAGCGCAGCGAGCACUGGGAGAUACCAUUCGAGGCCAUAACGGAUCUGGAGUGGCUGGGCAGUGGAGCUCAGGGCGCUGUCUUCAGUGGCAGGCUCAAGAGCGAAACUGUGGCUGUGAAGAAAGUGAAAGAGCUCAAGGAGACGGACAUUAAACAUCUGCGCAAGCUCGAUCAUGAGAACAUAAUUAAAUUCAAGGGAGUUUGCACGCAAUCGCCGGUGUUUUGUAUUAUUAUGGAGUUUUGUCCGUAUGGCCCGCUGCAGAAUAUUUUAAAGGAAGAGCAGGUUAUGUUGCCGUCCCGUUUGGUCUCCUGGUCCAAACAAAUAGCGCUAGGCAUGCAGUAUUUGCAUUCACACAAGAUCAUACAUAGAGAUCUGAAAAGUCCCAACAUACUGAUAAGUACAAACGAAGUGGUGAAAAUCAGCGACUUUGGCACCAGUCGCGAGUGGAAUGAGAUUAGCACCAAGAUGAGCUUCGCCGGCACCGUUGCCUGGAUGGCACCCGAGGUUAUACGCAACGAGCCCUGCUCGGAGAAGGUGGACAUCUGGUCGUAUGGCGUAGUGCUCUGGGAAAUGCUCACCUGCGAGAUACCCUACAAGGAUGUGGACUCCUCGGCCAUCAUCUGGGGCGUGGGCAACAAUUCGCUGAAGCUGCUGGUGCCCAGCACCUGCCCCGAGGGCUUCAAGCUGCUGGUGAAGCUCUGCUGGAAGAGCAAGCCACGCAAUCGUCCCUCGUUCCGCCAAAUACUCAGUCAUCUGGACAUUGCCGGGCCGGAGCUGCUGCGCAAAACGGAAAAGCAAUAUUUCGAGACUCAAAAGUCUUGGAAGGAGGAGGUGCGCUGCCAUCUCAAGGAGAUAACGCAGAACGGCACGAGCAUACACAAAUACGAGCAGGAUCUGAUUAAGCGACGCACCGCGGAGUGGCGGCAUGCGCAGGACAUACGCAUGGUCUACGAGGAUAAGUUGCAAAAGACAAAUCAGCUGUUCUUCGAGCUCAGCGAGUGCAUGACGCAGCUGCAGGAAAAGGAAAAGGAAAUUGCCGAGCGCGAACGCAAGCUGCCUGGUGGUGGCUACAAGCAAACCCGACGCUUUGGCAAUACGCUCAGGAAAAUGCAGCACUAUCGACGUCGACUGAAUGCGCCGCCAGCAAUACAAUCGUCCACACCCGAUCCCGAAACUACGCCAGAGAGUCCUGUCAAGUGCAUGCUGUACGCUCAGCUGGAUGGUAACUGUCAGCCCAAAUCUUAUUGCGCCGUGGGCAGUGGCGUGCUCGUUGGCGGCGUUUUGUCCAGCAAAAACAAAAAGACUUGGCGUCAUCGACGCAACGGCUCCGGCUCCUUUGCUGCUCCGCCCAAAUACAGUCCAACGCGCGAUCGUCGCUACCAAAGCGAGCCGGAGAAUCGCAAGGUGCAGCUGGUGGAGCGGCAGACGCAAACGGAUGCCAUGGAUGUCAGCGAAACGGACGUCAGUCCGCUUGCCGAGCAUCCAGAGGAAGUGCAGACGCAGCCGCUGCCGCCCACGCAUCGCCAACUGCCGCUGCAGCUGCAGCGCGUGCAGCAAUUGGCUCAGGCGCAGGCGCAGCAGCAGUCCAACACUUAUCCGAGCAGCAGCAGCGCGCCAGUCAAUGUCAACGUCAACGUCAACGCCUCCAAUGGCAAUUCGCUGAGCACCAGCGAGCUGACCUAUCAGGAUGCCUGCUCCAGUCCGGAUCAGCUGAUUGACGAUGUGAUGAACAGCAACGAGCGUCUGGACAUCACCGACUGCUGCAGCGACAAUGAGAAUCUGGAGCGUCUGGGCCGCAAAGUCACCGAGUUUAUCAACGAGAACCGCCUGUCCAUACAAUCGAAUGCCACAGAGAACGGCAACAGUGGCGCCAUAUCCGCCACGGAGCUGCGCGAGGCGAUUGCCAACAGCAGUCCCGCUCCCAGUCGCUGCAGCAGCACGCACAGCCGCAGAGCAACCAUCAGUGUAACCGUGAGCAAUGCCAAUGGCGAGUGCACGCAGGAGCAGCUCAACGAGGACAGCUGGUCGGAUGAGGAGGGCGAGGACACCGACUAUAACUACGCGCUGCGUAGAAGAAGCAUUGGACGCCUGCCAAUUGGGCGUGGCAUGCGUGCGCGACGCAGCUACAAAGCGCCGCUGUCUCAGAAAAUUGCCAUACACAAGCGCAGCGUAGUCAUUGUCUCGGACGAGGAGAACACCUCGGAGUACAGUCACUCGCCAUCGAGUCAACACUCGACGCUGGACAGCAAUACGGAUGUGCCGGCCGUGCUGCACCAGCAUCAGCACCAGCAGAAGGCAAGCCACAGCUCCAGCGAGGCAGACUCCAGCGACUCCAGCGAGGAGGACGAGCAGCCAGCUUCAGCACAGACAACGACAGCUUCAACGGGUUUGCCGCCCAUGCGCGCCAUACGCAACAGCGACAUUAUAUCCAUACCCACAUUCGAGGCUGAUGGCGCCGUUAACAUGGUCUAAGCUAUAUACCUAGUAAGAUUUUCCUACAACAAUUAAUCGACUACCAACUAAUGCCCUAUAUACUCAAUAAGCUCCACAACUGUAUGGUAUUAUCUAUGUCGUCGUAUAUAUACUAUAUAUAUAUAUAUCAUCUAUGUUAUGUUUACGUUUAUGUCCGCAGUCUAUAUGUGCAUUGUCUGUCUAGUUUUAUAUAUACACCCUACUCUAUAUGCCGUCUGCAGCGUUGAGCGCUCAAACUCCAUGUUCACAUUACGGGUUAGGGGCAAUCUUAAUUCAUUUCCAAUUCCAAUUCAUUUUAUAUGCACCUCCUUUGCUGCAAUCGUUGGAUCAUAUUGUUUACUUUCUAUAAGCUGCCUUUGUAAUAUAUACAUAGAUACAUACACACUAUAUAUUAUAUUUAAUGAACGCCGUAAAUCUAGUUUAGUAUUUAAGUAGUUUUUCAAUCUUAAGAGCUUACAACUGCAACACGCUCCCAACAAAAGCAAAAGCAAAUAGUUAAGAAUCAGCCUCAGGCAACUAAUAGGAAAAAUGCAUAAUAAAAUAUAUAUAUAUGCAAAAUAGUCAGGGAUAUUUUUUAUAUAACGAAAUUUGCCAAGUUUGUAAGUAUGAAACAGAGAGUACUUUUUUUUGUUUGUUUUUAAGCAGCGCAUCAUUUAAUUUUGUAGCUCGCUUUUGCAUAUAAAUGUACUCACAAUAUUUCGACUUGCACAAAAUUCAAAGCUUCAGUGCCUUAAAGCAAAAAGAAAUAUUUAGAAUCGACAAAAAAGAAAAACAAAGAAUUGAAUAUAUGUAUAUGUAGAUAACUGUAAUACUGCUAAACGCGGCUAUGACGUGGAAAAUGUGCGCUUUUCUCACAAAACACUCAAACUAAGUCUAUUUGGUCCGGUCUACGCUGCUCGAAGGCGCACAGCACGCUGCAAAAGAGAAAAUUCUACAAAUUUAAAAUAUUUCUAUAUAUACACAAUAUAUACAACAAUAUAUAUUUACACACACUAGU